GUUAGUGCAUACCUACAGUUAAUCAAUGCGCUGGAACGUUGCGUGUAUUAAUGAGCUCUACCUCAUUGGCCAUCAUGGCCAACCUCAACCACACGAUAUACGAAAACAAUUCCACACAGACACAACUUUCAGCCUCAACUGAGAAUGGGUAUUACAGCAUAAUAGGCCCUUUUAUUUGUGGUUAUUCAGCAGACAUCCUCCAUACGACAACAGCUCUCCAAUUGUGCUGCCUGCGAGGCAUCGGCCAAUUAUAUCGGAUGUCUGGCUUCUUCAUUUAAUCCCCCUCAAGGCAGAUACUUAAAUUUACCAUCUUUGAACACAUAUAAACAAAUAUUCUCGUAUCUUCACACUUUCACUGCUUGAUUACGGAUUCUCCAUCGCUUAGAAUGUCUCAACUGAAGAACAUCUUAACAAAGCUUACCAGAGCUCAAGAUGGAGAUGCCGAACCACAACCAGACACUCUUAUCUCCAAACCCCCUCCCAAGCCUGAGAUGUCAGUGACACCACCACGCUUCCUCAUCAUCGGUGCCGGAUCGCGAGGGCAGAACUACGCCGCAGCAAUCGACAGCGUAUCCAAUGGCGUUGUCGCCGCUGUUGCUGAACCCUUGAAGUUCAAGCGCGAGUACCUCGGCCGAGCUCACAUCUGGGGUGACGGUUCCCCUGCAGAAGGCCAGUCUUUCCAUGACUGGAGACAAUUCUUUGCAUAUGAGCAGGAUCGUCGAAGGCGAGCUGCUUCGGGUGAAGAGAAUGUACCGGAAGGCGUUGAUGGGGUCUUCGUUUGCGUGCUCGACGAGAUGCAUCGUGAGGUUAUCGUCGGUCUUGCACCACUUGGGCUACACAUUAUGUGUGAGAAGCCUCUUGCAUGUUCCCUUCAAGAUUGUAUCGACAUGUACAAGGCCAUGCGUUCCUCUCAAUCCACCAAGAUCUUCUCAAUCGGCCAUGUGCUGCGAUACAGCCCACACAACAUCAUGCUCCGCAAGCUUCUCAUUGAGGAGCGUGUCAUCGGCGAAAUAUCAAGCGCCGUACACACAGAACCCGUAGGUUGGUGGCACUUCACACACUCAUAUGUCAGGGGGAACUGGCGCAACGAGAAUACCACUGCGCCAUCCUUGUUGACUAAGAGCUGCCACGAUAUCGAUCUGUUGCUCUGGCUGCUCUGCUCUCCUGAGAAACCAGGACAGGGAGAGCCACAUCUCCCUGAAACGGUCUCAUCUGUUGGAAAUCUUCAUCUCUUCAAGAAAAGCCGUAAGCCCAAGGCUGCAGGAUCAGCAACAAACUGCAUGAGAUGCCCCCUCGGAGAUGAAGGGUGCAAAUUUUCUGCAAAGAAUAUUUACCUGGGCCCCAAACUCAAGGGCUUGCAGGCCGGCAACACAAGAUGGCCAGUCAGUAUCGUCGUUCAUGACAUUGAAGACUACCCCUCCCACCAGAGGAAAGAAGAGGUGUUGAUCAAGGCUCUGGAGGAAGAUUACAACGACUCUACACCAAAUUCGGAGAUACAAACCCGUAACUGGUUCGGUCGUUGUGUGUUUGAGGCUGACAACAAUGUCUGCGACGACCAGUUCGUCACCAUUACCUGGCCCGAGUCCACCAAGCCUUCAAAGACAGCUACUCUGCAUAUGGUCGCUCAGACAACAAAGAUCUGCGAACGUUACUCUAACUUUUACGGCGAACAUGGUGAGGUUCACGCCAAUUCACGUCGCAUCGUUGUUGAGGACUUCAACACAGGCGAGGUGAAAACAUAUCAUCCUCGUGUCGAAGAUCUUGGCCAUGGUGGCGGGGACUUGGGUCUGACACGCCAGUUUGUCAUGGCAUGUGAUCGCGUCAAGAACCAUGACUGGCAGGCUCCUCGUGCUCAAGAUGAGUUUAUUGGAUGCACUCUUGAGGAGGUGCUGCGAAGCCAUGCUAUGGUCUUUGCAGCUGAGGAGGCUAGACUUGGCCGUAAGGUCCUUGAGUGGGAGGAAUGGUGGAACAAGGCUGUUGAAAAGCAGCUGGAAACUUAACAGACAUACGUAGUAUGUCAGCUUAGCAGUGUAUAUCUGAGUAAUGGUGGCUACCUAAUGGUCAGAAUGAUUUCAUUACUAGCAUAUUCACGUUAUGACUUUGUGAAUUAAGCAAGUUUGACUUGUGCAUUAUCAUGUUUUGGAACUCGUCAACUAAUAAACCGUUAGGUUCGUUCUGAGAACAGAAAUAUACCAACUCAUGCAAUCAAAUAUUUAUGCAAAUCCCUUCAAGUGUAAAACCUCACAUGUCUUUGCAAAAAACAACCUGCUAUCUUUAUGAAUCCUCCGUCGUCCAGAAUGAAACUCCCAUUACUCCCAUGAAACCAUUAACGACACGUCUAGCUCAGCUCAGCUCUGUUACCUUCGUUUCCCAAAGGUUGGACAGCAGGUAGUUCCUGAACAUGCUGUUGAGUGGCGCCCUCGGGGCCGUCCUUGUUGGGACCCGGGCUGGGCGUGAAAUGGGGAGGGGGUGAUGCGGAUGGAGCUCCGUAGCCGCCGACACCAUACUGGGAAGGAUACUGCGUUUGCUGAGAGUACUGGCCCUGGAAGUUCUGGGGUUGAGGAGAGUAGCCGCUGUAUCCAGGCUGUUGGUAUCCUUGGGGUUGACCGUAGGGAGCCGCCAAUGAGGGGUCGUAUGCCUGCUGGUAGCCACCCUGAUAGUUCGAGGGGACUCCAGAUGGGUAGGCGGCGUUGGAAGGCGAUGAGGGAACGAAGCUGGGCCCUGGGCUCUGGGGUCCUUGGGCCAUGGGAGGUUGGUUUUGUGUACCAUCGCCGGGAGUAGCAGCAGCAGCAGGAGUUGUCUUGUUGCGGCGGCGAAACAGAAGAAAACCAGCGAGACCAACGAGAGCGAGAGCUGCAACACCGCCGACGACACCACCAGCAAUGGCGCCAACAUUGGUACUGCUGCCGCCACCACCGUUAUCAGCACUUGUGGAGGUUGCCGCAGCACUGGUCGUUGUGGACGAUCCAUCGUCGGUGGUCGUAGAGGGGUUGUCAGUAGCGGAGGAAUCGCCGCCUGAGGUCGAAGAUAGAGCUAGGGGGUCAGACAAAAGCAGGACAGAGGUGCCGUUGCCAGCAGAGCAGUCGAAUAAUGUGAACUCGUCGACACCUGUGGUCGCAACCCACUCAAAGCAAUUGGGAAGAUCACGCUGGCCACUAAUAUCAAGUUAGCAAUGAAUCAAUCAACAUUGCCUUUCUUGAUCGAAUAAUAGACACGUACCAGCAGAGAGUAUGAAGGUCUGAAAAGGAUGUGCAUUCGUCACGAGAUCGCGAGUAGGGGAUGCAAGUUGUCUUGACCGAGUUGCAAGAUCUCGCAGUAUCACAGCAGCCAACAUAACCAUCGGACAAAGUGCAAGUGGC